AUGCGCUGGCUGCUUUGGCUCUGGGCUGCCCUCGCUCGAGCGGAACUCUUUGAAGUGAAGAGCGCGCUCACCUUCGAGAAGGAGAUCUUCGCGUCGCAGCACGUGUGGGCCGUUGGCUUCGUGAACGGCGAGCGACCGAACCCGGCCUUCGAUGCGGCGUUGGACAAAUUGCCGGCGCUGCUGCCGCAGCUGCGCUUUGCUCGGUUGGACGUCACCGUCCCUGAGAACGGCCCCGCGGCUUCGGAGGUGAACGUGCGCAGGCGGACUGCGCCCAAACUGAUGCUGCUGCCCUCGCGCGCGCGCUCGGGGGUCGAGGUCAAGGUGCUGCCCGAGGAGGGGGAACCCGACCCCGAGAGCAUCUCCCAGGCAGCCCUGAAGGUGCUCGAGGAGAACGAGCUCGACGAUGAAAGCGGGCGCCAGGAUCGGCAGUCAGGGCGAAAAAUUGAGUUGAGUGACUUGGGGUUUUCGUUGCCCUAA